CUCUCUCUCAUUUCAAAUACACCCCCAACGUCCCUUCUUCCCGCUUCACCUCCUCUCUACACCUGAAGCCCAAACAAGCAUAAUGAAGCCAAUGCCUCUAUUCUUCCCAUUCUUCUUCUUCUUCUUCUUCUCAUUCAUUCUCCUCUUACUCUCCCCUUCUCAUUCCCUACAACAACAACUCCUACAACGAAACACUAAUGCCGACACCGACAGCCAAGCCCUAACCCUUUUCCGCACCCAGACCGACGCCCAUGGCGUCCUCCACUCCAACUGGACCACCUCCACCCAUCCCUGCACCGCUCACUGGCGUGGGGUCCUCUGUUCCCCUGACGGCUCUGGGCGCAUCAUCGCCCUCUAUCUCCCAUCCCUUGAUCUCCGUGGCCCACUUGACGCCCUCGCAUCCCUCGAUCAGCUCCGCGUCCUCGACCUCCAUUCCAAUCGCCUCAACGCCUCCCUCCAUCCAAUCUCCUCCCUUCCCAACCUCAAACUCCUCUACCUCUCCCACAACGAUCUCUCUGGCCACAUUCCUGACACCUUCUCCCUCCUCCGUCGACUCCUCCGCUUAGACCUCUCUGACAACAAUCUCUCUGGACCCGUCCCCGCCGCCCUUUCCAACCUCACUCGCCUCGUCACUCUCCGACUACAGAACAAUGCUCUGUCUGGGCAGCUUCCCAAUCUCUCCUCUCUCCUGCCUGGCCUCAAAGAAUUCAACGUCUCCGACAACGAGCUUUACGGGAAGGUGCCCGACGGGCUGCGGAACAAGUUCGGAGAGGGGAGUUUUGCAGGGAAUGCAGGGCUCUGCGGAUCGAGCCCGUUCCCUGUCUGCUCGUUCACCAAUUCCCUCCCCUCAGUGGGGCCGUCGACUUCGGGCCAGACUAAUGUGGUGCCGUCGAACCCAAGCUCGAAGCCUGGCUCCGCAAUGUCAGUCCGGCGUGGGGAGGGUGAGAAGAGGAAGGGGUUGAGCACUACCGCAAUUGUUGGGAUUGUGGUCGGCGAUGCUGUGGUGCUCCUCGUGAUCACGUCAUUUCUCGUGGCCUACUACUGUGGGCGGUACUCGGGCGAUGGUGGGAAGACGGAAACAGGCAGCGGUGGUGAUGACUAUGACGUGAAGAAGAGGAGCAGCAGCUAUUCGUCAAGUGAGAAGAAGGAGAGCGACGACACGGGAGCAGCAGAGCACCGGAGCAAGCUGGUGUUCUUCGACAGGAGGAAGCAAUUUGAACUGGAGGACCUGCUAAAGGCAUCGGCAGAGAUGCUUGGGAAAGGGAGCUUGGGGACGGUAUACAGAGCGAUACUUGAGGAUGGAUGUAUGGUCGCUGUGAAGCGGCUUAAGGACACCAAUCCCUGCGCAAGGAAGGAAUUCGAGCAGUAUAUGGAUGUCAUCGGGAAGCUGCGGCACCCCAACAUCGUACGGCUGAGGGCGUAUUACUACGCAAAGGAGGAGAAGCUGCUCGUCUACGACUACCUUCCCAAUGGCAGCUUGUAUUCUCUGCUACAUGGGAAUCGUGGGCCAGGAAGAACCCCUCUGGAUUGGACGACGAGGAUCAGCUUGGUGUUGGGAGCAGCUCGUGGUCUUGCUCGGAUUCAUGAAGAAUACAGUGCCACUAAGAUCCCCCAUGGGAAUAUCAAGUCCUCUAAUGUGCUUCUGGACAAGAACGGCAUCGCUUGCAUUGCUGAUUUCGGGCUGGCACUGCUUCUGAAUCCAGUGCAUUUCACGGCGAGGUUGGGAGGGUACAGAGCACCAGAGCAGGCAGAGAACAAGAGGCUCUCUCAGAAAGCUGAUGUCUAUGGCUUUGGUGUCCUGCUCUUGGAAGUACUGACUGGGAAGGCUCCAUCCCAGUACCCGACUCGUCCACAUCAGCAGCAUGAUGAAGCUGGGAUUGAUCUCCCAAAAUGGGUCCGGUCGACUGUCAGGGAGGAGUGGACAGCUGAGAUUUUUGAUGCAGAGCUGCUGCGGUACAAGAACAUUGAGGAGGAACUGGUGGCAAUGCUUCAGGUGGCACUUGCAUGUGUGGUCCCACAGGCUGAGGAGAGACCUACCAUGUUGCAAGUGGUGAAAAUGAUUGAGGAGAUUCGGGUGGAGCAGUCACCGCUAGGGGAGGACUUGGAUGAGUCUCGCAACUCCCUUUCUCCUUCACUCGCAACAACUGAAGAUGCUCGCCUCAGCUACUGACCAGCAGCACCAGCCGAUCAUUGAGCAUGUAGCUUGUUUGUGACAUCUUUUUCAUUGUUCAGCUCUUUUCUUCACAUUUCAUUGUUGCUUUCAGGUUGAUUCCUUAUCAUUUAAUGGUUGUUUAUGCUU